AUGUUGCGUUUUUCAGUUGCCUGCGCUCUGUUUUUCACCGAGGUCAAGAAUGAAACAUUUCAGAAAGUUUUAUCAGAUGCUAUGAAAUCUCUUUGGAUAAAAUGGGAGCUUCGAGCCAUGGUUGUAGUAAGCCUUUGCGUUCAACUUACACUUGUCAAAUUGGGGAAUCGUCGACAAUACAGUGGCAAAAGAUCAGUGUAUGCAUCAAUCAUUGUAUGGUUAAUGUACUUGUUUGCAGAUUGGAUGGCAACAGUUGCUCUAAGCACCCUCCUUAAAAGCAGCAAGGAACAAUUAACAAGUCCAUUGGUUAUAUUUUGGGCACCUUUCCUACUGUUGCACCUUGGCGGCCCUGAUACAAUCACUGCUUACUCCAUGUCAGAUAAUGAGCUUUGGCUCAGACAUUUCUUCGGCCUAUGUUUCCAAAUUUUCGUUGCUCUUUAUGUCUAUGUCAAGUUCUGGACCAUAGCCAUAACUACUAUCACAUAUAUGGCAAUUCCAAUAUUCAUUGUUGGGAUUAUCAAGUAUGGGGAAAGAGUUUGGAUUCUUUUCAGAGCUAGCCGUGCUCAGCUUCGAAAGUCGGUUUUCAUAACUCCAACCAAUUCAGAGAUAGACGAUGUCCUUUUGGGGUACGAUCCGCAGAGAUUAGGGGUAGUUCAGCUGGAUGAUUAUUUACAAGGCAAAGGAAUUCGUUUGGAAAACAGAUACCUUCAUCGAGCAUCUCUAUCAUUUACGAUGUUCAGGCCUCUAUUUUCAGACAUCAAACUCAGGAUUUACGGACAGUUAAGUGGUAUAUUUACAUUAGAGGAUCAUAUGACUGUGGAAGAGGCCUUCAGAUUGGUAGAUGUUGAACUAGGAUUCUUGUAUGAUUUGCUCUACACCAAGAUUCCUAUUGUUCUAUCUCGAAAUGGUGUGGUUCGACGGUCCAUCUGCUCGUCCUUCCUUUUUUCCAUACUAAUUGCCUUCUCAAUCAUCAUUGGCAAGCCUGGCCACCCAACAGAUGACAUUGCCAAGCAUGACUACUCGAAAGUUGACAUUGCCAUAUCGUAUUUGCUCUUAGUUGGAGCUAUCUUUUUGGAAAUAUAUUCAGCAUUUUUGCAUGUGAGCUCCGACAGGGGAAUUCUGUGGUUGACUCGCCGGGACAACAGGCUACUUAGGGCAAUUGGAUCCAGUUUGGUUUCUGUAACUAAGACCAAAAGUGGGAUAGAAUCAAUGGCACAACACAGCCUAUUAGACUAUUGCGUCAAGGCCAAGUCAACCAAGUUUAUUACUUCGGUUGCAAGCAUAUUUGACACUGAGGACGUGGUGGGCAAGUAUCGACAUACAACUUGGAAAGAUGUGAGUCUUGAUUUGAAGAGCUUCAUCUACACUCAUCUAUUGGAGAAAUGGAAUAAAUAUAAACAGAAAGGUUUUGAUUUCAAAUAUAUGUUACAGUUAUUGAAUGAGAGAGGCCAUGAAGUUCUGGUUGAGAAAGGUCUCGAGGAAGAUUUUGGUUGGAGCAUAGGGGGUGUAGAAUUUACGCACAGUCUCCUCGUUUGGCACGUCGCGACGGAUCUUACUUUUCGCGACGAUCAUCACAAAAAUUUAGUUGGCAAUCUUGGUCCAUACUGCAAAGUUAGCAAGCUUUUAUCUGAUUAUAUGAUGUACCUUCUUUUCAUGAGUCCAUCAAUGCUUCCCGAAGGCAUUAGUCAGAUAAGGCACCGAGAUACUUGCAUAGAAGCAAUGAAUUUCUUUCAUAAGGGAUUAGAACACAAGGAAGUUGUCCAGGCUUUAUUUGAUAUCGAUACAGGAUUUCGAUCAUUUUUUAUAAGGAUGGGAAGUCAAAGGAAGUCCGUAUUCUUCGAAGGAUGUCAGAUUGCUGAUCAAUUGCGGAAACUUGUAACGCAAUACCGAUGGGAUAAUGAAGAAAAAUGGGAAAUGAUUGGUCAUAUAUGGCUUGAAAUGCUUACUUAUGCAGCAAGUCAGUGCACCUGGAGAGAGCAUUCGAAGCAAAUGAAGCAAGGUGCGGAAUUGCUCACUCAUGUUGCCCUUCUCAUGGCACAUCUUGGUUUAAGCAAGAAUAUCUCUAUGGUGGAUCUUCCCUCCGAUCUCCAAGAGGCAAAUUAUCAACCUCGGUGGGAUUGGGACAAACUUGACCGAAUGAAGUAUUACUUGGUUUAAAAUGAAACUAGUUUUUUCCCUUGUUAGAUCAAAAAAUAUUUACUAAAUAAACACGUUUUGCCACGUCAGUUGGUUUGUUAAUGAUUUGUAUCAUCAAAGUCAGUUGUCGUCAGCUUUUUGAUCUUUG